UUCCCGGGCUAUAAAUAGGGGCCUGGCGGCUGCCCGGCAGCAGGGCGGCUGCAACAUGGGGUCUCGGAGAGGCCUGGGCCAUGGCUGGGGUGCAGGCUUGCGCUCCGGGGCCGGGGGUGACAGCGAGGAUGAAGGGCCAGUGUGGACGCCAGGGCCGGCCAGCCGGAGUUACCUGCUUAGCGUGCGACCGGAGGCCAGCUUACCAAGCAGCCGGCCGUCCCACCCGGGCCCCGGAAGGAGCACCUUCUGCUCCAUCAUCGCGCAGCUGACUGAGGAGACGCAGCCCGUGUUCCAGACCACACUGAGAUCCCGGGCAGUGUCCCAGGGCAGCGAUGUCAAGUUCUCCUGUGUCGUCACAGGGUACCCAGAGCCCGAGGUGACUUGGUACAAGGAUGACGUGGAGCUGGACCGCUACUGUGGGCUGCCCAAGUAUGAGAUCACACGUCAGGGCAACUGUCAUACACUGCAGCUCUACAGGUGCCAAGAGGAAGAUGCAGCCAUCUACCAGGCCUCUGCCCACAACUCCAAGGGCAUUGUGUCCUGCUCUGGGGUCCUGGAGGUGGGUCCCAUGACUGAGUACAAGAUCCACCAGCGCUGGUUUGCCAGAUUGAAGCGCAAGGCCGUGGCCAAGAUGCGGGACAUGGAGCAGAACUGGAAGCAGGGCAAGGGGGCGGUGGAUGAGGCUGACGCCCUGAGGAAGCUCAGCCCUGACCGAUUCCAGCGGAAGCGCAGACUCAGUGGGGCCCAGGCGCCCGCAGCCCCCAGCAAGGAGGUGGAAGUUGCACCCCCCCAGGCCUGGCAGGCUGGGGAGGCCGAGCCUGGCCCGCAGCCAGGCCUGGGCCUGGCCCAGAGCGUGGCUCCCGGAGAGCGGACCCCCAAUGGCGAGGCUGCCCCCAAGAACGGCGAGGACGCGGAGCAGAACCUGCUGGGUUACAUCUGUGAGGCCAUGGAACUGGGCACCCACAGGACACCCCCCAAGGGGUCUGGGGCCAAGAAGAAGAAGAAAGAUGAGAGGCCUCCACCUGGAGGGCGGAGCCCCUCAACUAAUGAGAACUCGGCCCCCAGUUCGGACAAGUCAGACACCCAGGGGCCCCUGGGGACGGUGGUCGCCACAGAUGCAGCUCAGUCCCAGCCUAGAGGCAGGACUGCAGGUGGACAGGGCAGCCCUGUGGCAGAGAGCCGCAGGCGGUCAGCGCCGGACUCUCCAGGGCAGGCCCCGAGCCCCCCAGCCCCUGCCCCACUCUCUACCUCACCCCUAUCCCCUGCCCAGGCAUCUGUCCCUGCCCCUCCCCGAGCCUCUACCUCAUCCCUGACCCCCACCCCAGCCCCUGCCCGGGCAUCUGCCCCUGUCCAGACCCUGGCCCCUGACCCUGCCCAGGCAUCUGCCCCUGUCCAGACCCCAGCCCCUCCCCGGGCACCUGCCCCUGUCCAGACCCCGGCCCCUCCCCGGGCACCUGCCCCUGUCCCAACCCCGGCCCUAACCCCUGCCCGGGCACCUGCCCCUGUCCCAACCCCGGCCCUGACCCCUGCCCGGGCACCUGGCCCUGUCCCGACCCAAGCCCCUCCCCGGGCACCUGCCCCUGUCCCGACCUCUGACCCUGCCCAGACACCUGUCCCUGUCCAGACCCCAGCCCCUCCCCGGGCACCUGCCCCUGUCCAGACCCCGACCCCUCCCAGGGCAUCUGCCCCUGUCCCAACCCCAGCCCCUGACCCUUCCCGGGCAACUGCCCCUGUCCAGACCUCAGCCCUUCCCCGGGCAUCUGCCCCUGUCCAGACCCUAGCCCCUGCCCGGCCACCUGCCCCUGUCCAGACCCCGGCUCCUGCCCGGCCACCUGCCCCUGUCCAGACCCCGGCUCCUGCCCGGCCACCUGCCCCUGUCCAGACCCUGGCUCCUGCCCGGCCACCUGCCCCUGUUCAGAUCCCGGCUCCUUCCCGGCCACCUGCCCCUGUUCAGAUCCCAGCUCCGACCCGGGCACCUGCCCCUGUCCAGACCCCGGCCCCUGCCGGGGUAUCUACCUCAACCCUCUGUCCUAUUCCUGCCCCAGUCCCAGUUCCUGUCUCAGUUCUCAUCCCUGCCAGGGUCCCAGCCCCAAGUCCAGACGUGUAUUUCUCCCUGAAGGACUUGUAUGCAGAAAGCACCCAGACACCUGGGCCUCAGAGGGAAGAGGACCCCCAGUCCCGGGGGGUCCCAGGGAAGGCCCCCAGCCAGCGCACAAGUGACCCGGGGCAGCCCACACCCACCCCGGGCCCCGAGGCCCCGAAGCCCUUCAACAGGAAGAGGUUCGCCCCCCCGAAGCCCAAAGGGGAUCCCAGUGCUCCUCCAGGUCAAGCUCCGGACCCCGCAGCCCCAAGCUCAGGGAAGACACAGUCAUCAGCGGCUCCUGCCCCUAGCCCGACGCCCCCAGCCCGGCGCAGAGCCGGGGCUCCAGGAGAGGCCCCCAGUGCCCCAGCUACUCUGCCUCCUUCUCCAUUGGCCAACUCUCGGGCAGAGCAGGAUCCUGCCGGCCAUGGCAUGCCCACUAGUCAGGUUCCCACAGAACCUGUGGACACAGCGGCCCAGGGGGACAAGUCGAUGUGCGCUGACCGUGUGGCUAGUGACCGGGGAAAUGCACAGGUGGAACGGAGGCCACAGGGACAGCGGAGGACCACAGUGGAUGAGGCUGCAGGAGAGAGAGGGAGGCCUGAGCCUGACCAGAACUCCCUGGAGGAUGUGGUGGCCCAGGAAAGGCUGGGGACACGGGCGGAAAGGAUGCAGGAAGAUGGAAGUAUGCAGGAUGAGAGGAGGCAGAAAGGAGAGAAUUUGCCCACAACUGUGGACGGUCAGCCAGAGAAGGUGUCAGUGAGUGGCCUCAGCCCACAGCCCCUAGCCCCUGGGCCACCCCCUUCAGAGGGGCCUCCUUUGGUGACUGAGUCCCCCGGGCUGACGCCUCAAGUGUCUGCUGUCGCUAGUCCUGGCUCUGACGAGGCCGAGGCCCCCGCCUCUGGGCAGCAGCGGGCAGCAUGUCCGGGCCUGGCCACUGGCACAUGCUCCCGACAGAGGCUGCCUGCAGAUGGCCCGGAGCCACCAGGAGGGGCAACGCCGCUGGAUGGCGGCGGCCUGACCCUCCCCGGGCCACUGGAGCAGUUGCCUGGGGAGCCACCGUGUGUGGGAGCGGCCGGCUGUCCCCCAGCUGUCCCCAGCCCGGGGGUGUCCAACCCCAGCAGCUGCCCACAGGAGGGGCCCCCCAGCACAGCAGCUCCUCCAUUCCUGCAGGCAGCCCCCCAGCAGGGUCAGUCCCAGGACGCCCCCGCAGCUAGCAGGCACAGGGACAUGCCACGUCCCCGAAGCUGUGACCCGGGGCUCAUCGAUUCCCUGAAGAACUACUUACUGCUUCUGCUGCAGCUGUCGGGCGCCGAGCCUGGCGUGGAGGUGGCCGGUCUGAGCCCCCGCACGUCCCGCCGUCUCCUGGAGCAGGCGGGGAGCGACCACCUGGUGCAGAGCGCGCAGAUCCUGCCGCUCAGCCCCUGCACCUCCCGCCGCCUCACGGGGCUCCUGGAGCGGGAGGCGCAGGCCCUAGAUGCAGCUGCUAGAGGCUCCAGCCCCGGCCUCUCUGUGCCCGCCAUUGUGGUGGGCGAGGAGAUCCCCGGGCAGGAGACGCCUGAGCCUGUGGAUGGAGAACUGCAGGAGCCCCUCCCUGCAGAAGGCAGCAGCCCGGAGCCCCCCCAGGGACAGGCACAGGCGAGCCCAGAGGAAGCCCCCACGAGCCUCCCUGGAGCGACGCCUCAGGAACUGGCUCUGGGGGCUCGGAGGAAGCGAUUCCUCCCCAAGGCCAAGGCUGCAGGGGAGGACAGGGACAGCCCCACAGUGUCACCCCGGGGGUCCAGGAAGGGCCUUGCGCCUGGCUCUCCCGGGCGGGAGAGGCGGUCCCCCACCCAGGCCCGGAGGGCCAGCCUGCUGGAGGUGCCACGGGCCGAGGAGGAGCCAGCGGAAGCGGGCAUGGAGGCCGCCCCCGAGGAGGCCAAGCAGGAUGGCCCUGCCAAGCCCAGCAGAGUCACAGACCCGCUGAAAGCCCCGCAGGUGAUCCGGAAGAUCCGGGUAGAGGCCUUCGCGGACACUUCUGGCAGUUUGAAGCUCUGGUGUCAGUUUUUCAACCUUCUCAGUGACUCGGUGCUGACCUGGACCAAGGACCAGCGCCCAGUGGGCGAGACAGGCAGGAGCGCAGGGGACGAGGGGCCUGCGGCCCUGGCCAUUGUGCGGGCAUCAGACGUGGACUGCGGCGUGUACCGCUGUGAGAUCCGGAAUGAGCACGGGGCCGCCUCCACCGACUUCCGCCUCAGCCCCGAGGUCCUGUCCGGCUUCAUCUCCAGAGAAGAAGGCGAAGGUUCGGCGCCCCGGGUGGGAGAAGAGAUCGAGAUGACCCCCAUGGUGUUUGCCAAGGGCCUGGCUGGCUCCGGCUGCUGGGGGGACAAGCUCUUCGGGCGCUUGGUGAGCGAGGAGCUCCCAGGCCGGGGCCGCGGGUGCGGGCUGCGGAAGGCGUCUCGGGCCAAGGUCAUCUACGGGCUGGAGCCUGUCUUCGAGUCGGGCUGCACGUGCAUCAUCAAGGUGUCCAGCCUGCUGGUGUUCGGACCCAGCAGCGAGACUUCGCUCCUGGGCAGGAACUACGAUGUCACCAUCCAGGGCUGCAAGAUCCAGAACAUGACCCGCGAAUACUGCAAGAUCUUCGCAUCUGAGGCCCGCGCUGUGCCUGGCUUCGGGGAGGUGCCCGAGGUCAUCCCACUGUACCUCAUCUACCGGCCGGCCAACCACAUCCCCUACGCCACGCUGGAGGAGGACCUGGGCCAGCCCCUGGAGGUCCACUGCUCUCGGGAGUGGGGCGGCAGCGAUGCUCCCGGCGCCUCCGAGACCUCACACAAGUGCCAGACCUUCCAGCACUGGCUGCUGCAGUGGACCAACGGCAGCUUCUUGGUCACGGACCUGGCGGGGGUCGGCUGGAAAAUGACGGACGUGCAGAUCGCCACCAAGCAGGGGGGGUACCAGGGCCUGAAGGAGAGCUGUGCCCCAGCGCUGCUUGACCAGUUUGCUGCCUCCCACAGAUGCAACGCCUUCUGCGCCAUGCUGGGGCUGACGGCCCUCAAGGGUCCCGAGCCGGCCCAUCCUCAGGGCAAGGCCAAGGGCUCCAAGAGCCCAUCUUCGGGCAGAAAGGGCCCCCAGCUGAGCCCCCAGCACCAGCGGAGAGGCCUGGCCAGUCCCCAGGGCACGCGGAGGGCCGUCCCCAGCUCCAAGGCCAGUGGUGCACAGUCCCCGGGUCAGGUUCCGCCCCGAGACGGGGCCCCCAAGGCUCAAGGCUUGCGGUAGCUCUGAGGAGGGCCUCUGCCCAACUGCACCCCAGUGAGGAGCAGCCUGCCCUCACCUGUUCUUCAGCCAGGGACUCAGGGCCCCCCUCACCCCGACUCUGGCCUCUCCUGGCGUGGGGGCACCCCCUCCCCCCUUGAAGUUUACACUGGCCAUUGCCGGACGCCCUGGGCCUCUGCCCACACAGGCUGUGCCCCGGGCUGCCUCGACUCACUGCACCUCACUCACCCGGCCCUUCUGUGCCUGGGACUCCCGUCCAUCUCCUUCUCCCCACCCAGCACACACUCACCUGCUGCCCCUCCCCCCACACACCCCAGCCUGACUCUUGCCCACACACCCUGCUCAAUGAGGGCUGGACCCCGCCUCCCUCUCACUGCCCACAUGAGGGCGGCCACACCGGGCUGUGGACUUGGUGGGGGCUGGUGCCCUGGCCCGAAGGGGUGGGGUGCAGCCAGGCCCGGCCCCCCGCCCCAACCACAGACUCUGCAUGGGGAAGUGUGUGUGUCCCAGUUCUGGGGUGGAUGCCACCCACCCGUGGGUGCAGGGACAGUCCCUGCAUCUGGCGGUUGGAGCCUGCCCUCUGCCCUCUGCCCUCUGCCCUCUGCCCUCCUGACUUUGCUUUUCAGCUUCAGCCCCAGGUCUUUCCUGAGCACCCUCCUGGAAUGGGGGUCUGGAGCCGCCCCCCCACAGAAUGCAAUAAAGGCAUCAACUUUG